GGGAAGAACUCCAGAUGCUGUUUCAGGUGAAAUCUGGCAGGAAGACACGAGUGAAGCUCCUCCGACAGCCGGGCUUCGUCACCGCUCUUAAUCCUCGAGAGUCACAGAGGAUUUUGGAUUCUGAAGUGCGUUUCUCUUUUAGCGCUCUUAAACAAACACUGAUGCACUUUGGGCUCGAGGUCACCGACAUCACGAUGUCACCCCAUGCUUAUAUAUUGAGGGAAGCUCUCACAUGGACUGGUUAUUCUCAGCAGAGACGAGGUUCUGCGCAGGAAUCAGCUCCAUCACCAGACAAUAUGAAACUACAGGUGCUGAUCCUCUUCACGUCAGUCCUGGUGGCUCAUUACGCAUCCUCACGUGUCAGUAUUCCAGAUUUUGUCGGACUCAGAGAACCGGAUCAGAGAGGCGUGGACGAGCGCAGCACCUCAGAAGAUGACAGCAUUUGCUUCUUGUUAAAGGAGAAGGAUUCGGAGAGCCACAUUUCCUGCAAGCAUCGUUUAACCCGCAGUAAAUUUAACUACAACCCGUUCGGGCUGCGCUUUGGGAAGAGAGACGGACGCUUAAAAUCAGACAGAUCAGGAAUGAGGAAGAUGCUCCCGGUUCUGCUGCUUCUGAGAGAACUGGAGGAAGCAUCAUGAACACACACACACACACACACACACACAAACAAAAAAAAUCUGCAAAAAAGUGCAAUCUUUAAGAGCUGGAUUAACUCUGGAUUAACUGGAGAUCUUGUUGUGAUGGACAUUUUGGCCUGUUAAUUUACUGCACAGGUUUGUUCUGUGUACGCUGUUAAUCAUGUGUG